AUAAGCGGAAGGACUAGGGUUACUAAUAUCUAAAGUUUCUAGUGACUGAGCUGUAUGCAACUCAGUCGUCAACUCGCUCCCAAACUCGCUCUGUCCGUCUCGCCUCAAUCUGGUCUCCCCACUUCUAAAAUAUAUACAACUAUACAUACAAAACAAGAGUAGAGCCUCCAUUUCAUCUGAACAGAGGAGAUGGGGACAUUGGGGAAAGCAAUCUACACCGUUGGAUUCUGGAUCCGUGAAACUGGCCAAGCUAUUGAUCGUCUUGGUUGCCGUCUUCAGGGCAAAUAUUACUUUCAAGAACAGCUUUCUCGUCACCGGACGCUUAUGAACGUAUAUGACAAAGCUCCCAAGGUUGAUAAGGAUGCUUUUGUAGCUCCUAGUGCUUCUGUCAUUGGGAAUGUUAAUGUGGGACACGCUUCUUCUAUUUGGUAUGGAUGUGUUUUAAGAGGUGAUGUCAACAGCAUAAGUAUUGGUUCUGGAACAAACAUACAAGACAAUUCUCUUGUUCAUGUAGCCAAAACUAAUCUUGCUGGGAAAGUUCUACCAACUAUAAUUGGAGACAAUGUUACUGUAGGUCAUAGUGCUGUUUUACAUGGAUGUACUGUUGAAGACGAGGCAUUUGUUGGCAUGGGUGCAACUUUGCUUGAUGGUGUUCAUGUUGAGAAAAAUGCCAUGGUUGCUGCGGGAGCCCUUGUGAGGCAAAAUACGAGGAUUCCAUGCGGAGAGGUAUGGGGAGGCAAUCCUGCAAAGUUCUUGAGGAAGCUCACUCAGGAAGAAAUAGCCUUCAUCUCUGAGUCCGCUACAAAUUAUUCCAACUUGGCUCAGGUUCAUGCAAGCGAAAAUGCAAAGAGUUUUGAUGAAAUUGAGUUUGAAAAGGUUCUAAGAAAGAAGUUUGCACACAAGGACGAGGAAUAUGAUUCUAUGCUGGGUGUAGUUCGUGAGACUCCCCAGGAACUUAUCCUGCCUGAUAAUGUCCUACCCGAAAAGGCAGCCGUAGCACCAAAGGCAUCUUGAUGUGUGAGAUUUUCCCAGUUAGGUACUUCAUAAGGUUCAAUAGCAAUGUAUUUUCACUUUUAAGUGGGGUAAUAUGGCACUUCAUUACCUUUCUUUUACAAUAAUUUCUGAAGCUAGACGAGUGUUGAAGACCAGAUCUUCUAGGCAUUUCUUCCUUGCGACUUUGCUCACCCUCUUUCAUCUAUGAAAGGAUAUCAUUCAUCUUGAGAAAGAAACGUGUAUUUGAAUUUUUGUGUUGAUUAACUUCAAGUUAAACUGCUUGGUGUACGUGUUUGACGAGAAAUAAGCUUGUGGGAGUUUUCAGCUA